CAUAUCGCAGCAUGUUCAUAGAGAAAUGUCGACUCUUGUGUAUAUACAUCGUUUCUGCCGCCCUAGGCGAGACAAAAAAUGUGCCACCCUGCCCCGCAAAACUAGAAUAGUGAAGCCUACGGUGUGGCCCGCAAUGGCAUUUUAUGAAUACACAUCAAUGUAGUAGGCCUAUCGUUCAAAUCGGGAGCUUCAUUGGCUUUAUUAAUCCUGAUUUCCGAGACUAAUCAUUUUGGCUCUGAAUAUCAACUACCCAACUUUAUCAAGAUUUAUCCUGAGAAUCCAUGAAAUCAAUGUCUUUACACAGCGAGACAUGCAGAGGUCUUUUUUUCUCGCUAUGAUGCAGUUCCUCAAAUGGAUAAAUGGGUCUACAAACCUGAAAUCACUGAUUAACAUGACAAUUUAGCACACGGGGCGAAUUUCCUGGACAGUUUAGCCGUUGUAAACUAUCAUGAUCCCCAUCACAGAGCUCCGGUACUUUGUUGACACCCAGCCGGCGUACCGCAUCCUGAAGCCAUGGUGGGACGUCUUCACAGACUAUAUCUCCAUCGUCAUGCUUAUGAUCGCCGUAUUCGGGGGAACGCUGCAGGUCACCCAGGACAAGAUGAUUUGCCUGCCCUGCAAGUGGGUAGUCAACAAGUCCUGUGAGUACCUCAAUGUGAGCUUCCCAGACCCAUUUGCCUCUGAGCCCAAAGGCAUCAAGUAUGAACUCGAUCGGCACCAGUACAACUACAUUGACGCGGUCUGCUACGAGAACAAGCUGCACUGGUUCGCCAAGUACUUCCCCUACCUGGUGCUACUGCACACCCUCAUCUUCCUGGCCUGCAGUAACUUUUGGUUCAAGUUCCCCCGGACUAGCUCCAAAUUGGAGCACUUUGUGUCCAUCCUGCUCAAGUGUUUUGACUCGCCCUGGACCACCAGGGCUCUGUCCGAGACGGUAGUGGAGGAAAGCGACCCCAAGCCCCUGGGGAAGAUGAACGGUUUGGUGGACAAGAAGGCAUCUUGUGUCAGCGAGGAUGUGGAGGCCAGCAUUCCGAUGCUCCAAAGGACUAGGUCCCGCAUCGAACAGGGCAUAGUGGACCGCUCCGACACUGGCGUCCUGGACAAGAAGGAAGGCGAGCAGGCCAAAGCUCUGUUUGAGAAGGUGAAGAAGUUCCGGAUGCACGUUGAAGAAGGGGACAUUGUUUACCGGCUCUACAUCCGCCAAACCAUCAUCAAAGUCCUCAAGUUCAUCCUGAUCAUCUGCUACACGGCCUACUAUGUGCACUACAUCAAGUUCAGUGUGAUCUGCAAGGUUGACAUUGAGAAGCUGACAGGCUAUAGGAUGUACCACUGUGCUCACCCCCUGGCCACCCUCUUCAAGAUUCUGGCCUGUUUCUAUAUCAGUCUGGUGGGGAUUUACGGUCUCAUCUGCAUGUACACCCUCUGCUGGAUGCUCAGCCGCUCCCUCAAGCGCUACUCUUUUGAGUCGAUCCGUGAGGAGAGCCACUACAGCGACAUACCCGAUGUGAAGAAUGACUUUGCCUUCAUGCUGCACAUGAUUGACCAGUAUGACCCGCUCUAUUCCAAACGCUUUGCUGUUUUCCUAUCGGAGGUGAGUGAGAACAAACUGCGUCAGCUGAACCUCAACAACGAGUGGACGCUGGACAAGCUGAGGCAACGCAUCACCAAGAACUCCCAGGAGAAACUGGAGCUGCACCUGUUCAUGCUUAGCGGAAUCCCUGACACAGUGUUUGACCUUCUAGAACUGGAGGUGCUCAAGCUGGAGCUCAUCCCUGAUGUCACCAUCCCCCCCAUCAUUGCCCAGCUGGUCAGCCUGAGAGAGAUGUGGCUCUACCACACACCAGCCAAAAUCGAGGCCCCAGCUUUGGCCUUCCUGAGGGAGAACCUGAAGUCCCUCCACAUCAAGUUCACAGACAUCAAGGAGAUCCCUCUGUGGAUCUACAGCCUGAAGAACCUGAGUGAGCUGCACCUCACAGGGAACCUGAGCGCAGAGAACAACCGCUUCAUCGUAAUCGACGGGCUACGGGAGCUCAAGAGGCUCAAAGUGCUCCGUCUGAAGAGCAACCUGACCAAGCUACCUCAGGUGGUGACGGACGUCGGGGUCCACCUCCAAAAGCUGUCCAUCAACAACGAGGGCACCAAGCUAAUGGUGCUCAACAGCCUGAAGAAGAUGAUGAACCUGACAGAGCUGGAGCUGUUGCGCUGUGACUUGGAACGAAUCCCGCACUCCAUCUUCAGUCUGCACAACCUGCAGGAGAUCGACCUGAAGGACAACAAUCUCAAGACCAUUGAGGAGAUCAUCAGCUUCCAGCACCUGCACCGGCUGGUAAGCCUGAAGCUGUGGUACAACCAGAUCGCCUACAUCCCCAUCCAGAUCGGCACCUUGACGAACAUGGAGAGGCUCUACCUAAACCGCAACAAGAUCGAGAAGAUCCCGGGCCAGCUCUUCUACUGCCGCAAACUGCGCUUCCUGGACCUGAGUCACAACAACCUUACCAGUAUACAUGCCGAUGUGGGCUUCCUCCAGAACCUGCAGUACUUUGCUGUGACGGCCAACAGGAUCGAGUCGCUCCCGCCGGAGCUGUUCCAGUGCAAGAAGCUGCGCACCCUGAACCUGGGCAACAACUGCCUGCAUACUCUACCGUCGCGCUUCGGCGAGCUGACAGGCCUGACCCAGCUGGAGCUGCGGGGUAACCGUCUAGAGUGCCUGCCCGUGGAGCUGGGGGAGUGCAGGCAGUUGAAGAGGAGCGGCCUGGUGGUGGAGGAGGACCUGUUCAAGACACUUCCCACAGAGGUCAAAGAACAGCUGUGGAGGGCCGACAAGGAGCUGAUCUGAGGAGAGAGUCCAGAGGGAGGCAGCCUAAGGAGAGGAGGAAAGCGGGAGAGAGGAUUGGGCAGUGGAGGCUGAUGUCACUUUCAAUUGAUGGCCAUUCUCAAAUUUCUCCCUCCUUCCAGCCUCCACUAGUAUGGGGUAGGAGAAAGGGGGGAGAUGUGUCCAUAUUGCUGGACACGCAUCCAGAGAGGGAUGGAUGGUUGGUUGGUUGUUGUCUUGGCUCUCCUGGCUGAAUUAUUCUUUUUUAGGGUCACUGGUAGGACUGCCACAAUUACAGUAUAACCGUGUAACCGAUGAAGACAGUCAUAACCAUUUAAAAAAAAUACAAACAGCUGGCUGAAUAACCACAAUGCAGCAGCAUCAGCACACAGAAAUAGAACAGUCUAGGAAAAUCUAACCUUGGCAAUUUGACUGGUAAACUUGUAGGUACACUUGCAAUGGCUGCCUGAUAUUGCGACGCAAUAAUUUCCAUGGUAAUGUAGAAUGUUCAUUCAAAUUAUGUUAACUGAUGUAGCUCAUGCAAUGUAUUUUUUUUGUAAUGUCAGUUGAGUUGAUUGAAUCAAAUCGCAGCACAAAUUACUUCCUGCUUUGAAACUAUGGGUACACUGUCAAUAGCCGCCACCACCCAUUAUGCCAUAAUUUACUUGAAUUGGGAUGCCUGUUCUAUUCAUUAUAUUUCUAUGGCAGCACUUGCCGUCUGGAGGAGAGGAGAAAAUGUAAAUCUACCAAAAAAUUAUACAUUUUUUGCUAUUCAAACAUUUAUUACGGUGACCGCGGUAAUUACAGUUAUCCAAAAUUCCAUGACCAUCAAAUCCCUAGACACAGGGUCACAAGAUGUUCAUUAACAGACUAACCAGAUGGAGACCUCUCCUCAUCAACUUUAUGGUUCUUUCCCCCUUUUAAAAAAAAAUAAAACGAAGUGCAAAAUCGAUCGUGGUCGAAUGCUGAUUAGGAGAGGAUGAGAGACAGAAAUUAAAUGCUUGUGAGAUUGAGGAUUUUUUUUUUGUACGGAGUCAUCUCAGUAUGGAUCAGGGGUGUCAAACUCAUUUUGCCAAGGGGGCUGCAUUUGGUCUUUGAGGUCAAUCCUCCCGGACUGUCUAGCUUUCAUUUCAGUGAUUUAAUAGCGAGUUGGACACAGUCAAGAAACUGUAUGAAUGUAAGUCCAUUAUCAUUUCUAAACCAUUUCCAUUUGGUUUUAGUCAUUUUAAACUAUAUUGAGUAUGUUUCCCCCCCAAAAGGAAAACAAUAUUUCUAUAUUUUUUUUUCUCAAACAACCGGCAGGCAGUAUGUUUUGACACUUCUGGUAUAGACAGUGGCCACAGAAGGACAACAUAAAAGAGUUGGUGUGAGAGUGGAAGGUUCAUGUAGCCUACAAAGCAAUAUGUGUGUGUGUGCUCCGUUUUCCAUCUUCACUUGGAAGUAUACAGUCCACGAGUCUGUUUAUCCAAACGCCAGUGAGAUGACACAGGAUCUGACUGGUUAAUGAAACACUAUGGCCGAUGCAACCAAAGCAGGGCCCUGUUUUAUUAGGCACCAAAUAGUGGGAAAUGGACUGAAACUACCUGGACUUGUCCAAAAAUAACACUAAUUUUUGUUUUCUGCAAAACAUUUCAAAAUGUUUGUUACCGUGUGCCCUAAUGAAAACAACCCAGAUAUUUGCACUCCAACACAGUAACUGUGGAUACAUCAUUGGCUAAUACAGAACACAUUUGUGCGGUAUAUUCUGCAUGAAUAUCAGAGAUACUUUUUUAUUGAAUGGACUUGGAGUAGACAACAUUAGAGGUCAAUUGCCACCAAAGGUGAUUCCUUUAAGACCAGCCAGGCAACUCUUGUUACUAAUAUGGCCUUCCCUUUUGGGUGCUGUAAUGUAUGUCCCACGCUGUGUGUCAUUACAACCAUCAUGUUCAUGAUUUUUCUAAAUAUGCAGACAAAUGUAUAUCUUAUAAUGUUGUAAAUUUAUGUUUCAAGAAUUUACAUGGUAUUAUUAUUCUCACCAGCUGUUCCAAGUUAUUUUAAAAGGAGAGGGAAGCCUCACUUUGGAGGAAAGUAAGAUGAAUUCAUCUUUGUUGACAUUUUUUUUAAAUGUAAUAACUACAUACAUAACUGCCCUUUUUGCAAGGUUACCAAUGGGUGUUUUGAGUCCAGUUCUGUUCUGAAAAGGCCUCAGUCUUGGAUUUGUUAGUAAAGGCUAGAGCCCAGCUCUAAAAGGUUGGAGCAACGCUCACAGAGUAAGAGUGCAUCAGAAGAACAAACAAUCCCAGAGCAGAGGCUCGCUGGUCGAGACUUGACUGGUUGAAUUCAGACCUACUUUAAUGUUGAAGUAUUAUUCUCUGACAUGUUCCAAACGGUUUGAAACAUUUGAAAACAACUGCAAACAGGUACACCCCAGGUCACUCCUUAAACGGCUGUUAUGACUGAUGUGGUUGAGCUAUCUCAGGGCUUCACUGGAGAGCUCAUUGAUUCACAGCUUUAAUGUGGCACAGGUUUGAAGGGGUAAAUAUGAUAACAGUUAGCGCUGACUGAAUCGGAGAAGAAAAUUGAGUUUCUGAUAAUAGAAUAGGAUAAUAUAUUUCAGAAUAUAUUGUUGUAUAUAAUUACUGUCAUUCUUUAAAAGCCAUAUAGUGUCAUAAAGAAUCCCCCUCUUUGUGUAAGCCUCGUUCUGUUCAGCUGAGGUAGCGGUUACAUGCUAUUCUUCUGUAUCACAUCUAACUCUAUAAAUGUAUUGUUUUGACACUGAACUAUUUGUAUCUAACCAGAUCUAAUGCUCCAGCUUUUUAUCCUUUUUCAUAUAGCCCUCCCCAACAAAUUAAAAAUCUGUUUUUAUCCUGACCUGUACUUGUACUGACCUUCAACACAGUGGGAACACUGUCACUUCCCUUAAUCACAAGAUUAGGCAUUCCCCCCCUAAAAAGCACAGAGAGAUUUCAAACUUCUAUUUCACAACCCCCCCUCCCCCUCUAGUAUGUCGCCAUGGAGGAAACAGGUGGAGGGUGAGGUCAGCAAAGUGUUUACAGAGCAGUGGAACUAGGAAAUGUGGUAACAUUUUAUUUGGAUAGUCUGUAGAACAUAUACAUAUGAACUAAGUUACAUUUCAGCUAUCUACUAGCCCUAACCAAUUACAUUAUAUUUUAGUCAUUUAGCAGAGGCUCAUAUCCAGAUCUACAUACAGGAGCAAAUAGGGUUAAGUGCCUUACUCAAGGGCACAUCAACAUAUUUUUCACCUAGUCUGCUUGGGGAUUCAAACCAGCGACUGGCCCAACGCUCUUAACUGCCAGGCUACCUGCCGCCCUAACUUUAACCCUUAUUCUAACCCUUACUGUAACCUUUGCAAGAAGUUGCUUAUUAACAAAGUGUGACCGGAAGUGUGUGUGACCCACAGAAAAUGCUUCCCCCGAUCACGUCACUGUAGGAACGGUUUCUGUUCGGCUCAAGGUGCAUGUUCUGGGGUCAGAUUGCAGUACCCUCAUUAUGAGCUUAGUCGUUAGGGAGAUUAAAUAAGAUCUGAUCCUGUAUCAGUGGUUGGAGACAACCUCUACUGUACAUAACCCCCCCCCAUCUGUAUAGGACUGCCAGUAUGUUCGGUACUGUAGGUAGUCAUACCAUGGUCACAACAGUUGACUGUAAGGGUGCAGGUAGCCAAGCGGUUAGAUCUGGAGGCAAAAGAAAUGCACACCUAUUUAGGCGAGGUGCUGGCCAGCGGAGUGGAACACUUAAAUAAAGGAGAGGAGCUCAGAUGCUAAAGUAUUUAUGUCCAACGUUUCGACAGACAAGCUGUCUUCAUCAGGGUAUAAUGUAACAUCUGUAUAGGAUCUAUAUAGGACUGUGCCAGUAUGUUAGGUUAGGUAGUCAUGCCAUGGUCACAACAGUUGACCGCAAGGGUAGCAGGUAGCCAAGCGGUUUGAGCAUUGGGCCAGUAACCAGAAGGUCACUGGUUUGAAGACCUGAGCCGACAAGGUGAAAAAUCUGUGUGCCCUUGAGCAAGGCACUUAACCGUAAAGUGCUCCAGAGGCACCAUAUCACUAUGGCUGACCCUGUAAAACACCUUUCACUGCACACAUCCUAUUUCAUCUUCAUCCCAUCACUUUUAUCUCCCAUCAGCAAUGUGACUGUUGUGAAUGUCAUUUUACAUGUAUGUAUCCCAACAUUUCUUUAUUUAAUGUUUUUUUUUUUUCCAGAUUUACUUAAUGUUUGUUUUCAUAAGCAACAUUCAAGUUCUCAUAGACUGGUCAGAAAUGGUGUUCAUGAGCUAUGCAAUGCUCGUUUUAUUUCAAUAGUCCUCCUGUGUAUCCAGUGUGGGUGGAGCGCCCUCCUGUGGGAGGUCUGAGUAACAGAGGAAAGUGUUCACUAUCAUUUUCUCCGUUUUGUAAUGUAAAAAAAAUGCUGUAAGGUUGUGUGUAUUACCAUCAAAAUAUUAGAAUUUUCUGACUCUUAAUGGCCAGUCAUUUAACCACAUUGUGUAUCAUUUGGGUAGCAUACCAAAACAUACUCUAAGCAGCAUUGAUGCUUUUCAUGAUUAUGUAUUUGACCUGUUUUGGGGGAUAGUUUCUAGGUUAACUCUUAUUGCAUAUGCAUAAAUAGGCAAACUACCUACUUUUUAAUAGGGGGUUCAUGAUACUACACGAUAUGGUUCAUGAUAGAGUUCAAAAGUUGGUCUAAAAAACACAGCCUAUGGAAACAGUUCAGGGAGUCCGAGAUAAAGGCUUCUUAUUACAUAUUGUACUUUGCUUAGUUGAUGAUAACAGCCAAGUUAUCACCUAACUAAUGCCGUCUUUAUUCAUUGUGUAUUCAUUCAUCGUGUUAUUUUUCCCUCUGCGAUGUUAUGAAGGGUCGUAAGUAAGCAUUUCACUGUUAGUCUACACCUGUUUACGAAGCAUGUGACAAAUACAAUUUAGUUUUGUGAUAUCUCCGUAGCGUUAACAAUUGACACGGACAUGGCAUGCUCUCUCAAUAUUGGGUAGGGCUACGGAAGUGCACAUUGUCUGUCUGUCAAACAAUGGUUUUUAUUUCUUAUAAGCCAUACAUUGGGUGGUCAACAGGACAAUGAUACAUAUUUCUGUCAGCCAACUGAAUGAGAUCAGUUGGUACAAGCCUGUAUCUUUCUUUCUUUGAUGUUUUGCUGGCUGGCAUUGUAAGGGCCCUGAUGUGUGCUGGCUUUUGUUCCUGUCAGGUUUUGGUUCCUUUCCAUCUGCUUGGACAGUCUGGUCUUCAUCUCAACCCACACAUUUUAUGCCAGGCUCACAUACUGUACGCCACCCACAUUGGGCGGCACUAUAAUGUUGCUCUUGUUUCAUUUAAGUGUUAAAACAUAACAUGGACCUGUCAAAAGUUAACGGGCAAAUGACAAUCUGUAUCUCUACUACAUCAGUCUUGCCCAUGUAAUGAUAGGUCUUCACUUCGUUGCCAAAAUGAGUGAACACUGGCUUUCUUAGUGGAGAAAUUAUGAAUGCCCCAGACUCUUGCAACAAUGGAAUAUUUGAGCCUUGACAACACCACAACAGUUGUUUUACUGUGCCUAUUUUUAUUUGUACUAUUCUGAUAUAAAUGAUAAAGGAAAACACUUA